CUCUUACAAAAGUAUUUACUGAACUCUCUUCAACAACUAAGAAGCAAUGUGCUAUAACUUCUGUGAAAUCAAAUAUUGGCCACUGUAAUAUUUCAGCUGGAUUCACCGGAUUAAUAAAAACCAUUAAAGCAUUAGAAGACCGUGUUAUACCACCUAUGGCAAAGAGUCAUUUUGAAAAAAUUAAUCCAUUAAUAAAUAUCUCAUCCAGUCCAUUUUAUAUUGCAUCCGAGCUGCAAAAUUUCAAUGAGACAGAAACAAUAUAUGCAGGAGUCAGCUCAUUUGGUAUUGGUGGAACGAAUGGGCAUUGUAUUUUAGCCGAAUACAAAAAGGAAUAUUACGAUUUUAAAGAUAAAAUGAAUACAGAGAACAUUAGAGUUAUUCUACCUUUUUCAGCAAAAUCUAUUAACAGUUUAAAUAACAUUAAGAAGGAAUUUAAGAACUAUUUCGAAGGUUAUGACUUAACAUGUAAUUUGAAUAAUUUAUGUAAUAUUGCAAGAACUCUUCAAAUUGGCAGAGCUCAAUACGAAUUCCGUAGCAUGAUAACUGCCACAUCAAUUUCUGACGCAAUAAACCAGCUUGAACAAUCAAAAUCAACAGUACAUGUUACAUCUCCUAAAGAAAAUAUAAUUUUUGUGGUACCUGGGCAAGGUAGCCAUUCUAUUUCAAUCCAUCGUCAUAUUUACAAAUCAUCAAUAUUGUACCAAGAAAAGUUCAAGGAAUGUGCAAAUAUUUUGCAACAAUAUGACUCCACAAUACCAGAUCUUACCAGUUAUUUGGAAAAGGAUAUUUACGAUGUAACAUACGAUCCUUUACUAAUUUUUGUGUCAAGUUACAUAUCAGCUGAAAUUCUCAGAUCAGUUUUCAAUGUACAAAUUUCUGGAAUUAUAGGGCAUAGCCUAGGACAAUAUGUAGCUGCUACUCUUGCUGGCGUAUUUUCACUUGAUAUAGCUUUAAGAAUUGUACUAAAAAGAACACAAAUUAUGCAUAAAAUAGAAAAGGGUUCAAUGUUAGCUACUAAUUUAGAUAGAAAACUUGCAGACAACUUUAUAAAGACAGGAAAAAUAUCUUUAGCUGCAAUUAAUGAACAGAAGCAAUGUAUAUUUUCUGGGAGAUCAAAUUAUAUUGAAGAAUUAGCUAUAAUUCUUGAAACCCAAGAUUAUGAUGUCAAAAUUCUUAAUGGAGCAUAUGGAUUUCAUUCGCAUCUAACAGAUUCUAUUUUAGAUGAAUUUGAAAUAGAAAUUUCUUCAUUACUUGAUAAAGCAUUCCAACAAAACACUUCUGCGAUCAUUCCUUUUAUUUCAAAUACUUCUGGAAAAUGGGUUAAUGUUGAAGAUGCGUAUACUACAAAAUUUUGGAGAGAACAUUUACGAAAAACUGUCCAAUUUGAAGCUGGAAUAAAAACUAUUAAUUCAACAUUUUCUAAUCCAAUAUUUGUUAAUGUUGGAAUUGGAACUGUUACAAGUAAAUUAGUUCAAAGAAUAUUAAAUAAUGAUAUCGUGAUCAUAAAUAGUUUUGAUUCUAACAAAACUAGUUUUGAAGAAAUAAUUGGAAACUGCUGGAGCAAUGGAAUUGAAAUCAAUUGGCAUAAUUACUAUAAGCACAUUUGUCCUUUGAUGGCAAAAACUCGACUUAUUCAAUUGCCUGGAUAUUCAUUUAACCAUACUUGUAGUUAUUGGGUCCAGCAAGAUUAUCAGAAACCAUUAGCAUUAGUAAAAGCCAAUACUGAUAGAUUUGCAUCUAAUGAAAUAGAUCAACAGCCACCUAUAAAAUACAACAAUUCAUUUACAAUUGAAAACAGAGUAAUUCUUUGUUUUAGGAAUACUCUUGGUUUGAGAAAUAUCGAUAUAAAUAGUAAUUUUUUUGACUGUGGUGGUAACUCUCUUUUAGCAAUAUCGUUAAUUAGUUUAUUAAACAAAGAAUUCAGUAUUAGACUUUUAUCACCGAAUAUUUUGCUCAAUUCUCCAACACCUCUUAAUUUAACUAAUCAUAUUAAGGCAGUUUUAAGCACAAAUAGUUUGCCUACAAUUAAUAAUAGUUUCAAUAUGUCAACAUCAAUAACAAACCUUUAUCGAGGAAGUAAAGCUUUUAAGCCAAUUUAUAUGAUACAUCCAGUAGGUGGAUCCUGUGUAUUUUAUAAAGAUAUUAUUAAUUCAUUAGGAAAUAUAACAGUUUAUGGGUUUGAAUAUCCCGGACUUAAAGAUUCAACAGCACUAGAAUAUCAUUCUAUACAAGAUCUUUCUGACAUUUACCUUAAAGAUUUGUUAAAAAAUAAUCCAACUGGUCCAUAUACUCUUCUUGGUUCUUCAUUUGGUGGAAUUGUAGCAUAUGAGAUGGGUUGCAAAUUGAUUAAACAUGGAAAAUCCGUAAAUUUAAUUAUGGUGGAUACGCCAGCUGGUCAAGAUCUUCCAAAGUCAAUACCAACAAGUGUUGCAAAAAUUUUACAUUAUAUUUACUCUAAAACAUAUAAUUUAGAUGAAUUAAUAGAAAUGGAUGAUGAUGAUGAGAAAGCAUUGCGAAUAGUUAUUGAAAAGGCAUCAACAUUAAAUAUAAAACAAAAUCAAGAAGAAAGCUCUGUGAUAGCAUCAAUGAUGCUAAAAAGAAUUGUUGAUAUAUUUAAUUUUAACGUAAAAGCAAUGAGAACAUAUCAAUUACCAAGAUCAGAAAGACCAAUACCAAUCAUAUAUUUCAAAGCAAAGAUAAGAAGAAAAGGUAUAGACCCUGAAUUCCCAGAAAAAUCUUGGAUUAAAAUACAAGAAAUUAAUGGAGGAAAGUUGGAUUGUAUUGAAUUAGAUGGUGAUCACAUUAGUGUAAAUUUAUUUCCUAUAUGUAAAAUUAUUACUGAUUAUAUCAAACAGUAUUUAAAUCUAAAUAUUCUUGAUGCGGUGAAAGAAAAUGUUAUGAAUUAG